AUGUCAACAAAUAGAAGAACCAAUAGAUUGGAUCCCUUUGGCUAUCACUUUAACCAAGCGGGUCAGCUGCGGUCAACACCUAAUCCUGAGGAAAAGUUCAAGUUUGUUACCCAGGACCACUAUGAACGACUGGGCGACACUGUCGCUCUGACCAUACAGGACAUGAUGAAGGAGGCACCCUACAACCUACAAGAGAUCCUCAUACCUGUGGCACCACAGCCACAAGAGGAAAUACUGCCACCUCUACCUCAAACCAACAACGACGAUGAUGACAAGAAGGCAAGAUCAAACAUCUUCAUAAGCAAUGACUUUUAUACAAACACCGAUCGACUGAUGGUCAUCAUCUGUGGCAGUGGCCAAGUGCGUGCUGGACAAUGGGCCAGAAGUCUAUGCAUCAACGACUCACUCAAGACCGGCAGCAUUCUUCCCUACUUGGAGCGUGCCGAACUCAAUGGAUUCGCUACAAUUGUGCUCAAUCCUAAUUUGAACUUUGUUGGCAACUCACCAGUAGAGGGCAGUGAGAGUCCAAUCAACCACGCAUUGUACUGCUAUGACAACUUUGUUGCCAAGUCACCAGCACAACAGGUGGUGAUCGUGGCACACUCAUUUGGAGGCGUCGUCACAAUGAACCUAUUAUCCAAGAGGAAGCCACUUCUAGAACGUCUCAAGGCUGUUGCAUUGACCGACAGUGUACACUCGCCACAUCAGGUUCGUGGUGACACCGAGCAGUUACUCAAGUUCCUUCAGGAUCGUUGUCGCAAUUGGAUCGCAUCCAACGAACCACUUGACACAGACUUUGGAUCUAAUCCAUCAUGCUCAAUUGUAUCAUCAGGCUCAAAUAUCCACGAAUAUACGAGCUCUUCAUGUAUGGAGUCACUCUUCAAAUACAUCAAAGGUCUGACACUUUGA